CAUGAAUGGGCUUCUGAAGUGGGAGGACCCGUCAUCUGACUUUAGCAGGCUGGGGAAAAGUGGGUGUUGCGCCGUGUCGCUCGGGCUUGGUGCGACGCAGCUUCAUGACUGUUUUUGAAGCCCACGGGCAGCGGUUGAGCGUGUGUUCGCGGACUACGGUGGAGGGCGUCGGCGGCCGUCGGCGGAGCCGCGCGGGCCAGCAGCGGGGCAGCAGCGGCGGAAACGCGUAGCUCCGACACAGCCAGACCCAGUGAACGCAGCCCGGAGCCACAGCGGGCAGAGGCGCGUCGGUGAGCCAUGGGCUUCCGCAAGAAGAACAAGAGCCCGCCGGUGCUGAGCCACGAGUUUGUCAUCCAGAAUCAUGCCGACAUGGUGUCGUGUUUGGCCAUGAUUAUCCUCCUCGGCCUGAUGUUCGAGGUCACAGCAAAGUUUGCCAUCAUGUUCAUCACGGUCCAGUACAACGUGACUCAAGUUCUUGAUGAGAAAAGUGAGCCGGUGAACCUGUACCAGUACGGCCCCAAAGAUGUGGCAACUGUGUUUUUCUACCUGCUCAUCGCGGUUAUCCUACAUGCCUUGAUUCAAGAAUAUAUUCUCGAUGGUGGUGCCCAUCUGCACAGGUUUACGAGGAUGCAGGCCGCCUCCUGUUUGGGACGUCAGUGUGCACCCAACAGUCGAAUCAGAGCAGCUGUGACUAGUCGUGACCCCGGUUCUGCAGGGGGCACGCCUCAUCUGAAAAUGAACCGGAGGCUGCACCUGUCGAAAACCAAACACAGCAAGUUUAAUGAGUCCGGACAGCUCGCGGCGUUCUACCUGUUCUCCUUCAUCUGGGGCUGCAGCAUCCUAACGGCGGAGGACUUUGCAACGAACCCCACUUUCCUAUGGGAGGGUUACCCACACACUCAUAUGGUUAAGUUCUUCUAUAUUUGCCAGAUUGCCUACUGGCUCCACGCACUUCCUGAGCUGUACUUUCAAAAAAUACGGAAGGAAGACAUCCCCCGCCAGCUUUAUUACAUCUGCCUUUACGUUGUCCACAUCACUGGUGCCUACGUCCUAAACCUCCACCGACUGGGCCUGGUGCUGCUGGUCCCUCACUACCUGGUGGAGCUCCUGUUCCACGCCUCGCGCCUCUUCUACUUCAGUGACGAGAACAAGCAAAAAGGAUUUACUCUGUGGGCGCUGCUCUUCGUCAUCGCCCGCCUCCUCACCCUCACGCUCUCGGUGCUGACCUUUGGCUUUGGCCUGCCCCGCACGGGAAAUCACGGCUUUUCCUUAGCCGACGGCAACUUCAAUGUGCUCACCAUACGGAUGACCUGUCUGGCAGCCAUCUGCCUGACACAGGCCUGGAUGAUGUGGAAAUUCAUUAAUUUCCAGUUGAAAAAGUGGAGGGAGCACAGUCAGAACCAAGCCUCAAAGAAGAAGACAGUCAGCCCAAAAAGCAAGCCGCAUAAAAGAGAGCCCACGCGAGGAGGUGCUGCCAACGGAGUUGUGAAGUCUGAAGAUAAAACGUCUCCGCGGGCGAGAAAAGCCAAAGCUUCAUAGAGGGGCUGGGAAGGGGCUGAGCUAAGGAGUCAUGACAAUGUGACAUUAUGUCGUUACACAACAUCAAAUUUUGUCUACUGCUCUCCUAAACAGAAGUUUUAAGCGCACUAAGAAAGCUUACAUAACUGUCCCUUUGGGGUCCGAGCCCCUCUCUGAAAAACAGUUGAGUCUUGCUGUCUGCUAAAAGUGUUCAUUAUUCAUUUGGGUUCGCUGCAGAUGGGACGUUGGCAGGUCAGUGCUGCUUUUGAUGCUUUAACAGGAUGGAUUUAGCUCUUCAAAGUGUCCUUUUGUGUAAAACUACGAUCACUGGCCGGGUACUUUGGACCGAGUUGCUCCUCUGUAAUUUACCAUGAAAUCUGUUCUCUCCACAGUACCUUUUUUAAAAGCCAGUUUUGACUUCAGGGCAACUUAUUAUAAAGCGGUUAUGUUGAGAUGAACUAAGCAGGGCGUCAUUUUAAGUUUGGGCCUUAUUUGAUAUUCUGCUGUCUUCAGGACAAGAUACAAAAUGGCUAACUCCAGGGGGAAUGUUUGUGUUAUUUAAGGUAUUUGGCAUUGCUUCCGCCAGAACAGAGAGGCUUGUGUUUAACUUCUCGAUCAUUAUUUGAAAACCGUUGCCAUUGAAAUCCAGCGCUUUACAGGAUUGAGGCACUUUUUAUGUCAUAGAUGUCUUUUCUUUUAUCUCUGACCUAGUGAUCAGCCUGUUAAAGGGACCUGUGCAGGUUGAGAGACCCACCAGGAGGAAGCUAAACUCUAGUCUGUGAUGCCUCUCUCUUUGCGUGAGUUCAGUCUUUACAAUGGCACCACGGAAAAUCGGAGCCAGUUUUUGGCCACUUUAAGCGCAUGACUGAGGCCAGAUUGGCUUCUUCAGUCGGGGGAAUGCGUGAUGGUGUAAAGUCGAAGACGCCACAGCCCUUUGGUGCGUUGUGCUUCGGAGCUCGUGUCUCUCCCACACACUACCACAGACACACACAGAAGCAUUCAGUGGCCUUUUCUUUUUCUCUUUUUACAACUGCUGCAAGAGUUUUCAGUUAUUUUUUGUCAUAAGCUGCAGAUAGUUUUAAUUUUUUUUAAUGCUUUUAAAAGCUAUAACCAGCAAACACAGCGGUACAUAGCAACAGCAUUUAGUUAACCCAAACAAAACAAUCUUUCUUCAAGUGUCCUUACGAUGUUGGUGGUUUGUAUCACUCGUGCUUGUGUCGUGUUCUGUUUGCCUUCUCUCGUUGCUUUUUGAAAUACUCGGGUAGCGUGCGUUUUGCCUCUUGCACCAUCAGUUAUAUCAUUGGGCACUUAUUUAUUGGUGUACAAUAUUGUUUGGCUGAUUGUGUAAGUGUGUGAUCUAAUCGGCCUGAAUGACGACCAUGCUGGUGACACAAUGUUUAUUGCUCGUCUUGUUUUAAGAAAGAAGGAAAAAAAAAAAAAGCCUGUCUGCAGAGCAUGAAAAGUGACAAUCUGCUCAUUGACUCCUGCCCUUUGGCCGUGUUUUAGUCACUUUUUUCAAAGCUAUCUGUAAUGGGAGCCGUCUCAGGGCUCGUGGCGCCCGAUGUGUGUGGAAACACUGAAUUGUGGCUUGCGUUGUGUACGUUCAAUGGGUUAGCGUUUUCUAGACUCUUCUGUGAUUUAACGGGCCCGACAAAACAUGCCGCAUGUGGCAUGUUUUGUCCUCCCUGCUGUACCUUUUCAAUGAUCUUGACAUUGCCAUGAAGCAGUCGCACUGUUUCCUCCAGCUGUGCUACGACACCACUGUGCGCGAGACGCCACCAACUGAUAAAGACUUUAGGUUUAGGGUUGUAGUGGAGAGUUCGGAUGUCUGUUUUUUAUUUUUCAAUCUAUAUUGUUUGUUUCCUUUUUUUUUUAUAAUUCAGUUUAUUGUCCAUUUGUGGGCAUUUGGUUGUUUCUGAAGGCCUGUGCUUGUGUGUGGCAUUGUCAUAGGAGGAAAGGAAGAGCAGAGGACUAAUGUACCAGCCUCUCAUUAAACUGUCUCAGAAGUAAAAGCUAAAAAAAAGAUAAACUGACUUAACCCUACACUGUAUGAAAAUAUGUGUCAGAUUUUUAAGCUAUUUUUAUAGAGGGAAACUAUUGAAAUUGACUGUUGUUCAGUAUAUACGUGUGAAUACUUGUUUUGCAUCCAUGUUAUGAAUUGUUUGUUUUAUAACGCACAUAUCUAUAUAAGAAUGAAGCUUGCUGAAUCAUUUGUGUCUAUACGUUGUGGUACGAGUGUAAAUCUUUCUUAGCCUGAUGGUUUAUGUAACUUCAUGGCCUUAUUAGAGCAAAGAGAACUCAGUUGUGUAACAGUGCUCAGUUAACACUAUGCUGCAGAUGUACAUGGCAGCCUCCACAACUACGUGUUUCACAGCAUCAGUUUGAAAAAUCAAAUGAGAUGAGUGAAUGGUCAGUAUGGUAGUCCUCUAUUUCUGUCCAGCAGGAGUCAGCCCCGGUUGUUAAGCUAACAAAGGCGUUUUUUUUUGUUGUUGUUGUUGUCCCGGGUGAGAACAUCUGUGAGCUUUUCCAGCUCGUCAGGUGUCACACUGUGCAACAGUCGGGCUCUGAAACCGGAGCCGCACAGCAGCGCGAGGCCCCGCCGCUUUAGAGACACAAUAGCCUGUAUAUUCCCACAUUAAAGCACUUUUUUCCCCCUUUGUAUGUAUUAUGCACCGUAACACUGCUCACUUUGCUCUCUUUUUUGCGUAGAUUCUAUUCAGCGAAACAUGAAUUGGAGUUGCUCGAUUUUAAAACUGUGCAUUUUGUUAUUGUCCGAACCCAGAAACAAAAAAAAAAAAAAGAAGACUGCAAUGAAUUUAU